AUGUAUCUUUCACAACUCAAGCUCGUCAUCACUUCCACAAUAGCCUUCGGUAUAUCCUAUACAAGAGCCCAUAGUCAUGCUCUAGAGCCCACCGACAAGCUGGCAGGCACAUUUUGGAAGGCAGCGCCAUCUCUUCCACCACCGUCGGCCGAAGAAGCUCCAACUGGGCAAUCCAGUCCACCACCAGGCGCGAUCAUGUCGCGAACGCCCGAUGCUCCUAGAUUGACACCACAGUUCUGCUUCAACCAGACCGCCCUCCGAGCUCCAAGCUCACGCUCAUACCAAAGCCCACCAGACUUCCUCCGGGUAUCGAGAGGUGCAGUGGACGACACCAUCUCACAAAACCUGAAUGCUUUGGUGACGCCAGGCGCACAACCCUUCGAUCCCUCGAUCACUAUCACACGCCAGCCGCGGCCCAUUGGGCGAAGAGCUAUAGAUCCAGCAGCAUGUGAUCAGUUCAAAGAGAAGGUGUUGUACCCGAACUGGCAGAUGAGAUCAGAUGUCCUGAACUACUGCGCCGGAGUAGCGACCUCACCAGAUUCGGAUGACCCGCAGCAUGUGUUGCGAGACACAGAAGACGCAAGGGCAAGGGAGCGCAUAGUGGAUGAGAGGCUCGAUCCGUAUUCGGGGAGGUACUUCCCAAGAGACCUGCGGACAGAGGCACUCGCUAGGCUCGUACGGAACGAGCGGAUGGUGGAGAAUAUUAUACGUUCGAGGACAUGGGGAUUAGUGGGCGAGCGGUGUGAUAAUGAAGGUGUGGACGCCGACCAGGCGCUGAAUGACUGGCGGAAGAGGCAGAGCAAUGAUGAAGCGCGAUGA